UAAAGUCUAAAGUUCAUCUUUUUCAGUAAAACCUCUCCGCUGUGCGCGUGCACGCUGCUAACAACUUUACACACUGGACAGAAGAAGCGACUCAUAAUGGAAAACAUCAAUGAUUAUCUGUGCAAGUAUAAAGGCUAUGUUUUUGCAAGAGGUGAAACCACUGCGGAGUACAUCGACUCUCUUCAACAUUUUGAGAUUCGUGACAGUGACAUUUUUUUGGUGACGUAUCCCAAGUCAGGUACAAUAUGGGCACAGAAUAUCAUAUCUUUAAUAUGCCAGGAUGACUUUAAGGAAACUAAAUAUGCUAACAACCUUGAGUUGAUGCCCUGGUUAGAGUAUCGUGAAGGCAGACCCGACUAUUCCUUACGCCCAUCUCCACGACUUUUUGCUACCCAUCUUACACCCACAUUAAUGCCACCAGGACUUAAAAACAAGAAGGCAAAGAUUGUGUAUGUGAUUAGAAAUCCCAAAGACAAUGCGGCGUCAUAUUUUCACUUUUCCCACGUCUGGGCCAAGCUUGAGAAACCAAAGAGUUUUGAAGAUUUUCUGCAGCAAUACUUAUCAGGAAAUGUCGGAGGUUCCUCAUGGUUUGACCAUGUCCGAGAGUGGUACAGUAAAAAGGAUCAGUACAACAUCCUUUUCCUGAGAUAUGAGGACAUGAUCAUGGAUCUUAGGACAGCAGUGGAGAAAAUCUGCCGUUUCUUUGGAAAAAGUUUGGAUGACGCUGCAAUCUCUCAUGUGGUGGAAAAGGCCACUUUCAAAAACAUGAAGCAGGACCCCAAAGCAAACUAUUCGUUUAUACCUGAAGACCUGCUACUUCAGCAACAAUUCAUGCGCAAAGGCACCAUAGGUGAUUGGAAGAACCUUUUCACUGUGGCUCAAAGCGAGAUGUUUGAUGAGAUCUACAAUGAAAGAAUGAAAAACAUCCCCUUAGAUUUUAUCUGGGACUUGGACAGUAAAACAAAUUAAAUUGAAUGUCGAAAUAUAAUAUUGCCAAUGUAAUAUUUUUUGAACUGCAGUGCUAACAUUGAAGGAUAACUGAGUUAAUAUAAUAAGAAAAUGUGCAAGUCAUGUGAUGAGACUGACAAAACAGACUCUGUUCCUGUUGCUCAAUUAUAUUAGUAGGGCAAACGUAAAAUAGGGUUAAACUCCCAGGGACCACACUUGCUAAUAAAGGGGUGAUUUCCCGGACAGGGAAUAGCUUAAGCCAGGACUAGGCCUUAGUUUAAUUAGGAAAUAUAACUAUUUUUAACAAACAUGACUUACUAAAAACAUUACUUGUGUGCCUUUUGAAGCAAAAAAAAAGGGUACUGCUGUAUUUUAAGAUGUGUUAGUGCAAGUGGUUUUCAGUUUGGACAGCUCUUACAUUUAUUUUAGUCUAGGUGUAGUCUAUUUCCUGUCCGGGAAACUACCCCAAAAUGUUUAACUUGAAAGUCAUUUUGGAUUAAAGCGUCUAGCAAAUGCAAAAUUUUAAAUGUACUCUAAUAAAUGCAGCUGACAGUCAAACAAAAAAGUUUUAAUAAAGGAGGCCAUGUAAAUGAAA